AUGAAUACGGCAAGCGACGCCGCGUCUGCGUUCGAAAUUCUAACCCAACGGUCGCCCAACGAUGGCCGUGACAGCACGCUGCAAAAAAGAGGGAACGUUGAUGUCGCGAUCAUGGACUCACAGGGCAAUGACAGCGACGAAAACAUAGAGGAGGAGCCGCCCAAGACGCUCUGGCAGAGGUUUGCCCACGCCGUGAAGCCCAACCGUCACAACCAGUACGACGAGCCACCCAAAAAUGUGGGCGAGAAAAUCGUUCGCUUUCUGGAGGUGCACCAGCACAAGCGGGCAUCUGCUAAAAGAGCCGAGGGCAUCGUGGAGUCAUUCUUGUUUAACGAUGACUUGGCGCCCGUUGAAUCCGAGAGAAGAAUAUGGGACUGGAAGCAGUACGUUUUCUUUUGGAUCUCAGGCUCCUUCAACGUUAAUACUUGGCAGAUUUCGGCCACCGGUAUGCAACUGGGGCUCAAUUGGUGGCAGACUUGGAUCUGUAUUUGGGUCGGAUACAUCGCUGUGGCUUGUUUCGUCGUGAUAAACUCGCGCAUUGGUAAUUUUUACCACAUCGCCUUCCCCAUCUCAUCCAGAAUCGCCUACGGAGUGUACUUUUCUCUGUGGAUUGUGCUAAACAGAGUCGUAAUGGGCUGUGUUUGGUACAGUGUUCAAACCUACAUUGGUUCACAAACGGUAGCCUUAAUGCUGAUGUCCAUUUUCGGAACUGACCUAAAGACCCGUAUUCCCAACACAAUGAACACCAAGAACAUCACGACAUUUGAAUUCAUGUGUUUUAUGAUCUUUUGGGGAGCACAAUUACCUGCUCUAUGGUUCCCUCCUCAAACGCUGCGCUACCUUUUCACCGUCAAAAGUAUCAUCACUCCAUUUGCCGCAUUUGGUUUCUUGAUUUGGACUUUAAAGAAAUCGCAUGGUCAAUUGGCUCUCGGGUCCUUGACUCAAAUACAUCCAACAGGUUCGGUUCUUGGCUGGAAUUUCAUCAUCAGUAUCAUGAGUGCUCUGGACAACUUUGCCACUUUGAUCUUGAACGCCCCGGAUUUUUCUCGUUUUGCAAGAACAAAGCAUUCUUCCAUCUAUUCGCAAAUGAUAAUUCUACCAUUGAUGUACGCGAUCAUUUCUAUCAUCGGUAUUUUGGUAACAUCUGCCGCAUUCACCAUGUAUGGAAUUAAUUACUGGUCUCCACUAGAUGUCCUCGGUAGAUUUCUUGACCAUCAAACUGCUGGUAACCGUGGUGGCGUCUUCAUGAUUGCAUUGAGUUUUGGUAUCGCUCAAUUGGGUACCAACAUUGCCUCUAAUUCCAUCUCCGUAGGUACCGAUAUGACUGCAAUUUUGCCGAAAUUCAUCAACAUUAGGAGAGGUGGUUAUAUUUGCGCCGCAAUUUCGCUGGCGAUCUGCCCUUGGAAUUUAAUGGCUUCUUCAUCCAAAUUCACAACAGCUUUGUCCGCAUAUGCUGUAUUUUUGUCCUCCAUCUCCGGUGUCGUGUGUGCCGAUUACUAUGUUGUAAGAAAGGGGUUGAUUAAAUUACAGCACUGUUACACAAAUAAACCAAACAGUCUCUACAUGUACGGAACGCGGUACGGUACAAACUGGAGGGCCGUUUUGGCAUACGUGCUGGGUAUUGUUCCUAAUUUCCCCGGUUUCUUGGGAUCAUUGGGCGUCAAAGUACCUGUGAAUGCCAUGCGUGUUUAUUAUCUUAAUUACUUCGUGGGAUUUUUGAUUUCUUUCUUGUUGUACUGCGCAUUCUGUUAUUACAGUCCCGUCCCAGGUAUGCCUGAGGGGGUUGGAUACUUUGAUUUCUCGCAUUGGUUCGAAAAAUGGACAGAGGUUGAAAACUUCGUGGAGCAGAGAAAGAAAUUCGAGAUUGACGGCGUCGAUGGUGACGAUGAGGAUUACACAGAUGAAUUAUCAUCAACUGUGGUGGAAAAUUUCAAGAACACUGAGAAGGUGUAA